AUGGGUCCGAGAUACCAACUAUCCGAUUCCGAAUCAGAGGCCGAGAUAGGUACACCUGCUGUACCAGCUGAUAAUGUGCUGGAACAAGGUCUGCGCGACGAAGUCGCGGCCAUUUUCAAUGCAGGAAACAUGGAGGAAUUAACUGUGAAGCGUGUGCGCGUAGCAGUCGAAAAGAAAUUGGGACUCGAGGAAGGAUUCUUUAAAGGCACAGGCAAUUGGAAAGCCCAGAGUGACAAAAUUAUUAAGCAAGAAGCGGAAAUGCACGACAACAUGUCAGAGGCAGCAGACGCGAAUACCAAAAAGACCUCGCCUUCUCUCUCCCCGCAGCCAAAUAAGGUCGCGCCCAAGCGACCCAAAGGUGGCAGCACGCCGAAGCCACGAAAGCGCCAGAAGACACAAACCCCGGUAUCAGAUGAACAGGAGAAUGCACCUUCCGGACCCUCGGGCGAAGAGAGCGAAGAUGAAGUUGCGCAGCCCCAGACACGGAAACCCCCUGUACAGAAAGCCUCCAAAUCAAGAUCAGCCAAGAUCAAUCAACCCGAGCUCUCCGAUAGGGACAAUGCGGCCGAUGGUUCCAGACCGACCACAGAAGCCAACGGAGAUAACUCGGAGAGCGAAAUGUCUGUCGUUCUUGACGAAGAGCCCAAUACCAAGCUACCACGAAAGCGCAAGAGUGGCGAUGGGCCGGCUAAGAAAGAGAAGAAGCCGACACCCAAGAACAAAGAUGAAGACGUUGAUCCUGACCAAGCGGAGAUCAAACGGUUACAGGGAUGGCUGGUCAAGUGUGGCAUUCGCAAGAUGUGGUGGCGGGAGCUGCAGCCAUAUGAGACCUCCAAGGCGAAGAUCAAGCAUCUUAAGCAAAUGCUUGAGGAUGCAGGGAUGACAGGCCGGUAUUCCAUCGAGAAGGCUCGGCAGAUCCGGGAUGAGCGUGAGCUCAAAGCAGACUUGGAGCAGAUCCAGCAAGGUGCGAAGCAAUGGGGAACUGGGAGCGGCGAUGAAGGUAGUGACGCUGCUCCACGACGUCGGGCUGCUCGUGGGCGACAAGCGCUGGCGUUUUUGGAAAGUGAUGGCGAGGAGACCGAUUGA